AUGUCUAUAGCCGAUGAUGAUGAGGAACAGGCAAGGCGGCUCGUGUACAACGUUUAUAACAACAUUCAGAGCAACUUUCUUGCGUGGAAGGCCGACUAUGCAGCACGCGCGAUGGCUUCUGCGUCGCUUUCGCCGCUUCUCAACAACACCGACAUCAACACUAAUGUCUCGACACAACUGACUCUCUACGACGCAUUGAGUAUUGCAUUAGUCCAAACGAAUCAAGAAUCACUUGAGUAUCACGAUCUGGAAAGUGGUACUGUCCACAAUGUCAGGAUGGACAUGACGCGCGUAUGCGACCCCAGAGGCUCUGAAAUAUUUGUGCCGUCGCCGGUUUACGAACACUGCGCUCCCAUAGACCGUAACAAUCAUCACGGGGACGAUUCGUCCAAGGUUCCAUUCAUCCCCUUCGAAGACGACCCUGGAUUUGACCUCGAGCGGUAUUUCGUCGAAUUCAGUGGUCUAGCUUGGACUCAGCCCCAGAUGGACCCUGAUUUGGAAAGUGUGGUGGUAGAAACUGCGCGCCGUUUACACUACGAUCAUGGCAUGGACCUCCAUCGCAUAGCGAGUGCAGACGUAUUGCCUCUUCCACUCUUCAAUCAGCAUCGAAGUCAGGGCAUGAUACACUCCAGCCGUCGACGAGAUUUCUUCUCCGAAUGGCCUGUUGGUGUUUCGGCUGCAGAGAAAAUCCUUCCGUCUCAAACUCCGCUGGCCCAGAGCAUCAAGGAGGCCGUCCAAAAACUGACGACUGAAUUUUGCACUAAUCUCAACUGUGUGAUUGGUUUCUGCUCCACGCAUCUUGAUCCGUUACCUGAGCCGUUGCCAGGUCCACCUGCAACACUGCGCAACGAACGUCUCCACGAGAUGGUCAAAGAGCCCUGCAGCGUCGAAUGUUUUCUCCUUGUAGAAGAAGAUGAAGAGGACUUCCCUGAUCUUUUCGGAUACUCUGCCCUGUGA